AUGUCAGGGGCGCAAGGAGCACAGCCAAAGGAGGCGAGAACGGCGACGGUGUAUGAGUCGGUGGAAGGAGGAGAGAAUAGGACGAGGACGGACCUCCGUUCGAGGGAGGACCAAGGGAGCAUUCAGGUGGACAAGUUGCAGGAGAAGGUCCCUGAUCCCGCCGGUAAAGGUGGACCUGUGUUCGGCGCCGGAAAAGACGAAAACAAGCCCGACCUUGGUGUUACUGGCACUGGCUAGCUACUUAAUCAUGAAUUCAACUAACUAGCUAUACGUACGUGUAUCGUUAUUGCAAGUCUUUUUCUUUUGAAGUAUUGAGCGUGCUUGGUCUUAAGCUGCGGUUUCCUUGCCUCGCGCCUGUGUAACCCUCCGCCUUCCGUCUUGUUCAAAUUUCCCACGCAUCACUUUCAUUACCAGACGUGAAGCGAACGCCAUCAACAGUAGCUG